AUGAGCUUGCUGUGCAAGGAGCUUUGCUUCUUCUUCUUCCAGGCCCAUGCCCGACUCUCAAAACCCAAAUCCACUUGGACCAAGCUCUCCAAACCUAGCAAGAAGCCCAAAUCCAGGCCUUCCUUCCACUUCAAGCUCGGGUCCAGUUUUUCAUCAUCAUCAUCUCCCAUCGACUCUUUCCGGCGGUACAGCCGCGACUCAGUCAACCACAAGAACCAGUUCAACAGCUACGCAGGUGGAUCCAAAGGCGGCGCCGGUAACUUCAAGAAGUACGCCGACUCGGUGAACGUUCCCCACCUCGGAUUCAACUCGUACUCGGACGAUUCAAACGGGCGGUUCCACAGGUUCACGGGCUACAGUGAGAAAGCCAACGCUGGCCGCCAUAUCUUCUCAUCCGAUGUGGUCUUCGACCCCUGGCAACCUCUCCUUACCUCUGCUCAGAAGCUGCCUUUCACCACCACCGUUCCGCCGCUCUGCUACCUCCGUGCUCUUCAGUGCCGACGCAACCCAAUUCCAGCAACCGCUGGACCUGUGUCCUUCCUCACCAACCUCGCAUUCACCGCCUUCCACGCCGUCGACGAGGCAAAGAAGCGGAUGCGAAGCGUGGGGUACGAGCAAGUUUUGAGAGGGAGGAUUGGAAAUUGGAAGCUGGUUGCUAAAGGCGGGUUCUCGGAAGUAGGUGUCCAAACUUAUGGUAGUGGCUUGUGGCAUACAUGGUUCGAUCGUGACUUGACGAUUGCUGGAAGGGUGAUAGUGACGGAAGAAAAGGAUGACUCUGUUUCGUGUUCACAUAAACUUGUUAGAAUUGAGGUGCCCGUAAUGCGGAUCCCUACUCUGGCAAUUCACUUAGACAGGGAUGUUAAAGAUGCAUUCAAGGUGAAUGCACGAACGCAUCUUCUUCCCGUCUUGGCAAUGGCAGUCAAGGCCGAGCUCAAUAAAGUGGUUGCUGAAGAUUGUGAGGCUAAUAGUGAUGCUAAUGAUGGAAAGAAAUCCAAUGAGAAAACAACUUCAAUUGCAUCGAAGCAUCACUCACUUGUAGAUCAGCUUAGAUGUGAACCGGAACAUAUAUCUGAUUUUGAAUUGCAAGCAUGUGAUACUCAACCAAGCAUAAUAGCUGGUGCCGCAAAAGAAUUUAUUUUCUCAGGAAGUUUUGAUAAUCUUUGCAUGUCAUUUUGUUCUCUUAAGGCAUUGAUAGAUGCAACAUUUUCUGAUAGCAACCUUGAAGAUGAGUCUGGUGUUAGAAUGGUGGCUUGGUUUGAUCAUGAGGAGGUCGGAUCUAAUUUUGCCCAGGGCGCUGGGUCUCCAGCCAUGUUGAAUACUCUUUCACGAAUUACAAGUUCAUUCACCACAGAUUCUAAGCUGCUCGAGAAAGCUAUUCAGAAGAGCUUUCUUGUAUCUGCUGACAUGGCACAUGCCUUGCAUCCUAAUUAUAUGGACAAACAAGAAGAGAAUCACCAACCCAAGUUGCAAGGGGGCCUUGCGAUCAAACACAAUGCAAAUCAACACUACGGCAACCACCAUGAACAGCAACGGCUUGGCGAGUCCCUUCAUGGAGGUGGAUUUCGAGGGUCUUGUGGCAACGCUUGGUGGUCUGGUAGGAAACACCCAGGUUGCAAAUAUGAUCCCUUCAUUUGCGACGGGCAGGCAGUACAGCGGCUGUGCAAUGGCGGCGGUGCAAGGUAG